AUGAACCGCGAGGAGGCCCCGGGAAAGUCUCCUGAAGACAUGUACAUCCAGCAGAAAGUGCGAGUCCUCCUCAUGCUCAAGAAAAUGGGAUCAAAUCUUACUCCAAGUGAAGAGGCUUUUCUCCGGAAUUAUGCAGGUGUGGUCCACAGUCAGAUGAGCCAGCUGCCACAGCACAGCAUUGAUCAGGGUGCAGAGGAUGUGGUGAUGGCGUUCUCACGGUCAGAGACGGAGGAUCGAAGACAGUGA